UUUGGUUUAGAUGUAUAUUCAAGCUGUUUUUCAUGAAAUUGAGUUUGUUUUUCUUAUUUGCUUUUCCCAUUUAGACCUGAUCGGCACCUUUCAAUUUUUGAGUUUGUAGAUGUUAGUUGAAAGUCUAAAGCUCUGAAAUCAAACUAGAGGUUGUUGCUGGAAAAGUUAUGUAUGAGCUUUAUGAAUUUUUAGUUUGGCUUCAGCUUCAUAUGAAUGAAAGAGAUCUCACGGUGUUUAAAUCGACCAGUGCAUUGCGCUUUUAAGCAUUUCUAUUCAUUUGGGUGUCCCUGUAAAGAGUACAGACAUAUGCAUUCAGAUGGUUGUUUGGUGAUUGUUCUUUUGUGUGCGGUUUGCAGGGUCGGGAAGACCUCGCUGAUGAAUCAAUAUGUGAAUAAGAAAUUUAGCAAUCAAUACAAGGCUACAAUCGGGGCUGAUUUCCUGACAAAGGAAGUGCAGUUUGAGGAUCGCCUCUUCACUUUACAGAUAUGGGAUACUGCUGGCCAAGAAAGAUUUCAAAGUCUUGGGGUUGCCUUUUACCGGGGUGCUGAUUGUUGUGUGCUUGUUUACGACGUCAAUGUGAUGAAAUCAUUUGACAAUCUUAAUAAUUGGAGAGAAGAGUUCUUGAUUCAGGUGUUAAUUCGUGUUAUCACAGCUUGGGAUAUUUCAGGCCCUGAUUUCUCUGUGGCAAGCCCAUCAGAUCCAGAAAAUUUCCCAUUCGUUGUGAUUGGUAACAAGACCGAUGUGGAUGGUGGAAACAGUAGAGUGGUAUCCGAGAAAAAGGCUCGGGCAUGGUGUGCCUCGAAAGGUAAUAUUCCCUACUUUGAGACUUCUGCCAAAGAAGGCACCAAUGUUGAAGAAGCUUUCCAGGUCAUCGCAAAGAAUGCUCUCAAAACUGGAGAGGAAGAAGAAAUAUACUUGCCUGACACAAUCGAUGUUGCAAGAAGCGGACAACAAAGGUCAACUGGUUGCGAAUGUUGAACUGAGUUCUCGUUGAAAGUGCCAAGAACAAAUUUAUUGCACUUUCUCACCCUAUUGUAGAGUGGAUUCUUCUCAUUGACUUUUGUUUGAUUUGUAAUUGCAAAUGUUUGCACUGCUUUCAUUUGACUGGCUCAUAUCAGAUUUGCUGAUUGAGCAUGAACUUUGAUUGUUUAUGUUCAAAUUCUUUUCUAUCAACACACUAUUGUCCAAAAGCUGUUACAAAAAAUUAAAAACGAAAACACACUUUGAAUUGCUGUUAUUCAAGUUUUAUUUUAUUUA